UUCUCCGCCAUCACCCAGAGCGCAGCAGCAGCAGCAGCAGCAGCAGCAGCCACCAGCAGCGAAGCGGCCACCAUGUCGAUGGCGUUGGAGAUCGGUGGGGUGGCCUUGGCGGUGUUGGGUUGGUUGUGCAGCAUCAUUUGUUGCGCCUUGCCCAUGUGGAGGGUGACGGCUUUCAUCGGCAACAACAUCGUGACGGCCCAGAUCAUCUGGGAAGGGCUGUGGAUGAACUGCGUGGUGCAGAGCACGGGGCAGAUGCAGUGCAAGGUCUACGACUCCAUGCUGGCCCUGCCGCAGGACCUGCAAGCCGCCCGCGCCCUCCUGGUGGUGGGCAUCGUCUUGGCCGUCCUGGGUUUGAUGGUGGCCAUCGUGGGCGCCCAGUGCACGCGCUGCGUGGAGGAUGAGAGCACCAAAGCCAAGAUCACCAUCGUCUCCGGCGUCAUCUUCCUCCUCUCCGGCGUCAUGAACCUCAUCCCCGUCUCCUGGUCAGCCAACACCAUCAUCCGGGAUUUCUACAGCCCGCUGGUGCUCGACCCACAGAAGAGGGAGCUGGGCACUUCGCUCUAUGUGGGCUGGGCGGCCUCCGCCCUCCUGCUGAUGGGGGGGGCCCUGCUCUGCUGCUCCUGCCCCCCCAAAGAGGACAGGUACCCCACGGGCAAGGUGGCCUACUCCGCCCCGCGCUCCGCCGUUACCAGCUACGACAAGAGGAACUAUGUCUGAGCCCUCUCGGCACCCCCUGGCACACCCCAACACCCCAAAGUCCUCCACCCCUCACCCCGGGACACCCUUAUCAUCCCCACGGGGACCGGGAGUGGCAGCAGCGGGGCAGGGGGGGGGCGCGAAGGAGGGGUCGGGGACGGCGUCGGGGUCAGGGCCGGGCUGUGUAAAUAGAGACGGUUUCGGUUAAACACGAGGCAGUUUCGGGUCGGCGGGAGAAGCGGCGCCCAGAGUGCCCCUGCCCGAGCCGGUGGGAUGGGAUGGGGGGACGGGGGAGACGGGGGGGGGACAGUGCCGCCCCCCCAGUGUGUGUGUGUCCCCCAUGGCCACCGGGCGGGCGCCGUCUGUCCCUGUUACGCGUGGUCUGUACCGGUUACAUUUGUCAAUAAACGUGUCCUGUUUUGGUAGCACGAGUAUCCUUGGA